AUGACGGAGGAACGGGAGAUGUUAGACCAGCAUAGUCGCUCCAUGGCCUCUAUGCUGGACGCGGGCCAUGGCAGAGGGCAUGAGGAUUCGCGAGCGACAUCACCGGGCGCGCCUGCCCAGCGUGACAACGCCAGCAAUGGCGAGCCAGACGAAGACCUCGCAAUCGAACGGCUGGGAAGAACGCGGCCUCGAGUCUUCCCGUACACCAGAUACCUCCCAUACGAGACCGAGUCGCAAGAGCAGCGCGAGCAGGAUAUGGAUGAGAUGAUCAAGAACCUCUAUGUCGCCGUGGCAUCUGGAGACUUCGUGCCAGGCGCCGUGCAUUGGACAAAAGAGAUAAGAGGUUGGAUGGGCUUGAAGUUCGACUUGACCAAGAGACAGCGUAUAGCACUGGUGAAGCUCUACUUUGAGCUUGCUCUGGCGCCUGGUCUCGAAUAUGGCGUGUCGGAGCGUUUUGCUAGCAUGUUCAUGGUUCUCACCAAGCGCAAGCACUACCUACGGCCGGGAAAAGACCUCACGCUUGAUUGGCGACCACUGUACAAAGAGCUGAAGGUCUUCGUCUUGCCCUCUGAGAGCCCGACACCGAAUACAUUCAGCAGUAAGCGUAACGUGCGGACGCUGACGAAGCUGUGUACUUUUGCACAGCUCUUCUUCGACGCGCGAGAGAUUCCGAGCAUGCUGGAAGAGUUUUUGCCUUACUACAGCAUGUCGUUCUCUGAACAAGCAUUCGUGGUAUCAGGACUUCUCAACUUGAUGCUGCCGACUGCACCACCUCCAGCAGACGACCCAAAGCUCCAGCCGCAGUACUAUCUACCCACGUUGUUCCACUUGUGGGCAACCGUGAGCAGGUCUUCCAUGACGGACAUGCGUUUUCUCGAUAUCUUCUCGCGGCAAGCUAGGGACUGCCUGGGAGCUGAGCAGGUACCCUUCGGACCAUGCGGUAUAUUUACCGAAGAUCAAGCAUCACUCAUCUAUACUGCGGUGUUACGAUUGCUCGAGAUCCCAGUCGGCCAGGCUACAACACCCUACAGCCCGAAUGUGGAUAUCGGCGCUGGAACAGCCGUCUUCCUCGAUAGAGAUCCUCGAAAGCACCCGGUGGCUCACGGGAUCGCAAGAUGGAUCGUCAUGUCGUUAUCACCACAGUGCUUGGAAGUAAAAAAUCUCAAGUCCAUCUUACACCAGCUUGAGAGCCUGAUUCAGGGUAUCGAGACGUUCUUCCACCCCUCCAACUCCGGCAGCUGGACCAAGCCUUUGUCACAGCUUGUCUAUUAUCUCGCAGACUUCUUCGUUAUGCGCUGGAACCGCGAGCAGAGCGGGGAAUACGAAAUUCCGGCCGAUCGCAAGCUCAACGAGGAGAUGAAACGACGCUUCGUCCUUUGCCUGCGAGAUGUCGUUCUAAUGGGCAUUUAUGCCAAGAGCGGCACUGCCAUGAACUACAGUCUCAGCACACUUCAGAGUCUCGCCUAUCUUGAGCCGACUCUCAUCUUACCCGGUGCUUUGCAACGCAUCUACCCAGCUAUGCAGGGUCUCGUCGAAGUGCACCGCACGAUAUCCUCGAUACGGGCGCUUCAGAUGUUAAGUAGAGUCAUCGCGAAGACCAAGGGUUGGAGGUGUCACUUGACCACGUUGUUAGGCCUGGCUCUGCCUGGAGUUGACGCAAAUGAUCUUGACAAGACCAUGCACAGCUUGGCCUUCAUACAAUCCGUUUGCUACAACAUCCCGCUGCAUGACCUCACGAAAGAGCCUCGUCGAGUGAAGAGCGAGCUGAAUGGUGACUAUGAAAUGGUCGAUCCAGAUUCGCCUCCUCCCGAAAGUACUGGCACCGGGAUCGCCGUUCAGUGGAUCACCUCUCAGGUCGACCGUUUCGAGCAAGAAGGUCCUGAGCUAGAAGUUGACUAUGCCUCAGAGCUAUCCGCGGAAGAGGAAGAGACCGUUCUGAAGUCUUCGACUGCUGGCUUUGCUGAGUUCUUGAUCAGCUUUCUUGGAAGGGUGUUUACGCUUCUGCAAAAUCUGCCAGACGCAGCUCGUGUCAAGAGCGGUAGCCCAGAGGAGAACGUUGUGAACACGCUGCCCGCAACUUUCAGCCCUCUGCUUGCCAGUCUGAGUCCAGAGUUGUACGACAUUGCGUUGGACCACAUCGCGCGAUUCAUCUCCAAUCAUGUUGUACACCAAGCUCGUGAUGCAAUGGCCUUCAUCUGCAAUGCUCUCGUCAAGAUCUCCCCGAAAAAGGCGCUGCAUCGUUUACUGCCAGACUUGAUCUCCAGCAUCAAGACCGAGAUCAGCGAAAACGGCGCUGGCUCAACGCGUACCACUGGCAGCGAAAUUCUUCCCAGGGACAGAGCACUUGUGUGGCACGUGUCUCUGCUUAGCAUGUGCGUAGUACAUGUCGGCCGAGAUGUGCUUGAUUACCAAGACGACCUGUUCGACAUCGCGGCCUACAUGCAGGACACGUGUAAGGGUAUCCCACUGGUACAUGUGUCGAAUUUUGUCCAUCAUCUGCUGCUCAACCUUACCGUGAACUACACACAAGAUUACUUGCUAUUCAACAAAUCAGAAAUCGACCAUGGCCUUACACCGAGCAGUUGGGGAAAGAAUACCGACCCAGCUUCAUUAGACAUCAACUGGCAUGUACCAGAUCAAGAAGAAUUGACAUUCGCUGUCCGCAUGUUUGAGGCGCAAGGUGGUCGAGCGCUGAAGUCUCUUAGAGAGCUGAUUUCUAACACGUCUGCGGUGAAGAGAGAUGGUACAGGCAAAGACUGGUCCGACGAGGUGUCUCGCAAUCUCGUCCUGCUCCGGUUGAUCAUUUCUGGCAUGUCGCGCCUCUUCCGUUCGGACGACGAGACGAUUGCUCCCUAUACCUUCGCGACUGCGACACCGGCGAGUUUGGAGAGCGUUGAUGACGAUACCGCAAUGGUGUCAUCUCCGGAUAGCCCUGCAGACAGCGCGAUGUCCAUGGAGCUCAACGAAUGUGAAGAAGAGAAGGUGAAACGCUCCUUUCACUACAGCACAGGAUAUCCUUUGGAGAUUGGGAGCCCGCUAUAUGAGACUGUCCACCAGCUCCGCAAAGGAGCCGGAGAAACACUACAUGAGGUGCAUGAAUUCCUGAUAAAGAACCAAGAAGACGACGUGCCUUGCUUCAAUGCUUUAUACAGUGCGUACAAGUCCUGGUUCAUGGACAUAGGCAUAGAGCGCUCAGCCCACGUUCUAGAUAGGCUGACGCGCCUGCUUGCUGCUGACAUCCACCCUUUCAAGUUCUCUGGCACGAGAAAGCAAUACCCACGGCCACUGCUUGUGCGGCGAGCUAAUCUCUACCACUUCCAACGCUUGCGCUUCAAUGAACAUCCAAGGGCUGCAUCAGACCUGGACCGAACUCUGCUACUUGACUUGGCACACUCGAGCACGUCCAUUUACACCGACAUUAGGAGGACUGCCCAGUCGGCUGGGGAGCAAGCUGUGAAGAGCAUUGUCGGCGCGAAGCCUUUGAUCAUACCACCGCUCCUGGAUGCUUUGGAGGAUGCUCUCAAGAAGAACGACCAUCCUCGAAUCAAGGGAGCAAUGUUCUCUCUGCUCUUCGGAAGCUUGGCCAAGCCCCUCGGCCGAAAUUGGAAACUGGCGCCACGAAUGAUCAAGCUGUUCAUACAGGUGUCAGAGGCCGAUCGCACCAGCAUUCAGAAGUUGGUCGCGCAGUCAACAUAUACCAUUCAGGAUAUGACCAAAGCCAUGGAUCGCAUGGUCAUCCUAGACGAAGACACUCUGAACGCAAUAUGGCCAAGCGAAGCGUCUAGCAUGACGAGGACUAUUGCUCGCACAAUGGAGGAUGCCCAAGCACUCGUACCUCCAAAGCGAGCCAAGUUGAAGAAGAGAAGAGCCGCUGUCGAGAAGCGCAAGAGUGAGCUAGGCGCUGAGCUGAUCGAGACUAUCAAGACCAGCCACUGGAAGAAGGCCAGCAGGACGGCAAUUAUGGCGAUUGGGCUUGACUACCGAUUUGAGAACAUCGCUAGCAACGGGUUACUGGAAUUGGUUGUCAAAGGAGUCGUUGAUCCGCAUCCACAGCUGCGAACACUCUACGCGACCUCACUCAACGCCAUCUUCAGUCUUACACAAGCUCGAGCGCUGGUCGGACAUAAGUACGAGAACUAUUUACUUGACGAGCAAACCGAUCCGGACGAGGUAUCUAUCCCGACCGAGCGGGACGACCCUACAUGGACGCAGCGCUAUCUUGAGAUGUUCGCCAAGCCGGAUGCCGAAGCAUACAUUGACAGCGAUUUUCCCGGUUGGCUGGUGUGGAACAAGACCAUGCGCGGUUUCCAUACUGGGAAGAGUCAGCUCGAAUACGACGAGACAGAGAUGAACGUUCGUCGCAAGAUGGGUCAACAUAUCGAUCGACAUUGGCUAUCUACAUACUUUGGCUACAUGAAGCAGGAGCCGCGGGAUGGACAAGACCGAUUCCGAAUGUCUAGCUCCAUGAUCGUUGCCUACGCCAUGGACUUGACGGCCAACGGUCUUACCAACGCCACAUUCGAUGACUUCAAAGAUCUCACCCAGGCAGUGUAUGGUGAUGGUUCUGACAAGCAUCAGCAUCGAGCCAUGUCCGAAAUUAUGGGCGCUAUGCUGUCGAGCUCGGAAGAUUACGACCUUGAAACGAGGGAGAAGAUUUGGGACUUUGCAUUUCCCAUUGUCAGACGCAUCUUCAGUGAUGGCCUGACCCCGGAGAAUAGCUCGUAUUGGUCCACCUUCGUGAGCCUCAUAGUCGGAGGUAAAGACCCACGGCGUGCAUGGCCCUUGGUAGAUUGGCUCGCGAGCUUCAGACUGGACAUGCAAACCAGCGCCGCUUUUAAGGAGAGCUCGAAGAUCCAGCUGCUGCAAUUGAUCAUUGGUGCGCUUGGAUGGCACUUCCAGCUUCACAAGCCGAUCCAAGAAGACUUUCUGGCACACAUCGACCACCCAUAUAAGAGCGUGAGAGAAAUUAUGGGAGGAACGCUGUCCACCAUCUUCCGCACGCGUUAUCACGAGUCGUACAAGGACGUUCCGACCCUCUUGGAGGUGCAGAAGGCGGCUUCUCCCAUCGGUACUCGGCCAUACCAGCCGACAGAAGAAUUCACGGGUAUCAUGGUUGAUGUUCUUGAGCGCCUUGAGAAGUGGCGGAAGGAGCGCCCGGCUGGAGCAACGACGCCUACACCCUACACACAAGCCAGCAAGACCAUUCUCCUGUGGCUUGAUGGUACGCUCUCUAACUACAACUGCACCUCGCUGGUGCCGUUCUUCCCCAAGUCGCUCAUGCAGCAGCUUCUGUACAUGAUGGAUAUCAAGGAAGACCCCGAACUUCAAGGAUUGGCCUAUCACGUCUUCCGUCAUCUACCCAACAUACCUCACGGACCGGGCGAAGACGAGGAAUUUGUCGCGUCUUUGCUCAAGAUCGGAAGAAGCGCCUCAUCCUGGCACCAGCGUUUGCGAGUCUUAAUCAACAUUCAAGUGUUCUACUUCCGUCAGCUCUUCCUCAUGCCGGUCAAGCAGGCCGAAGACCUCUUUUCUUGCUGCCGCGAGAUGCUUCAUGACGUACAGCUUGAGGUACGAUUGGGCGCAGCUGCAACGCUUGGUGGUAUGGUACGGUGCUCGCCGAUAGAAUUCCGGACCAAGAAAAUCGAAGAGCUCAAGAAGCACUUCACUGAUCUCCUUGUCAAGAACCCUCCGCCCAAGCGACCGAAGGGCGGUAUGAGAGAAGGCACCAGCACGCCGACGCAAGAGCAGAACAAACUUGUGCUCACGCGGCACGCGGCUGUCCUGGGUCUCGGGGCGCUUGUUCAGGCUUUCCCGUAUGUGUCGCCACCUCCCGAGUGGCUGCCUGAGGUGCUGGCAACACUGGCAGGUCGUGCGGCGAACGAUCCGGGGAUGGUGGGAAAGAGCGUGAAAUCGGUGCUCAGUGACUUCAAGAAGACCAGGCAGGAUACUUGGCACGUGGACGUUAAGGUGAGUCAACCAUCCACACAGACUAAUCUGUUUGCUACCUCUACUUGGAAAGGAGUAUGUGCUGACUUUCGUUCGGCAGGCAUUCAAGCCAGAACAGCUUGAGGAUCUGGAGGGUGUGUUGUGGAAGAGCUAUUUCGCCUAG